CCAUUGCAAAACUAACCAUCACUACUUCUAGGGCUUUUGUCUCGCUGAAAGCAUACACAGAAAGCAAACAAAGGCCAAAAAGAAGACAAAACAGAAGAUGACAUCCAAGGUGAUGCUGAAGGCGAAAGGAAAGAACCCUAAGAAGCCGGCCGCCGAUGAGGACGCUGGAGCUGUGGCGGCAGUGUCAAGUUUCGUCAAGGAGUGGGGCACAUGGACUGCCAAAAAAGCCAAAGUAAUAACCCAUUAUGGCUUCAUCCCACUUGUCAUCAUUCUCGGCAUGAACUCUGAACCCAAACCCUCACUCUCUCAACUUCUCAGCCCCGUCUGAAAAUCCCCCCCAAUGGAAAUUACAGUUUUAGCCCUUAUGUAGGAGUUUGGGUUAUUUAUUAUUAGUCGAUUUGACUCUUAUUAGCAGCAGUUAAUUGUGUAAUGGAGUUGUGUUUUUGUUUUCUUACCUGUUUGUUAGUGGCUGCUAAUGUUUUAUUAAUGGAUGUGGAAUUUGAUACGAACAAAUUACCUCCUUACUGGAUGAUUUUCGCGA